AUGAAGCGCAAACUGGAUGCAAACGACGUCCCCGCUCCCGAGCCUGCGAGCAAGGAAGAGAAGGAUCUUGAUUUCGAAGCACUUGGACUUGACCCGCGACUGCGCCAGGCCUUGAUUAAAGAAAAGUUCUCCAAGCCUACUCUCGUACAGUCGAAGGCUAUCCCGCUGGCCCUCGAAGGAAAGGAUAUCUUGGCCCGUGCAAAGACUGGCUCCGGUAAAACCGCUGCCUACGUUCUUCCAGUCCUCCAGGCAAUUCUUCAACAAAAAACUAAUGACCCAUCUCUGAAAGCGACUACUGGUCUUAUCCUCGUCCCAACUCGCGAGCUUGCUGAGCAGGUUCAAAAAGUCGUUACAUCCUUCACCACCUUUUGCGGAAAGGAUGUUCGGUCUGUCAACUUGACCCAGAAAGUCUCGGAUGCUGUCCAGCGGACACUCCUUGCCGACUUCCCGGAUCUGAUUAUCUCGACACCCACUCGUGUCCUCGCUAAUGUUAAUACCUCGGCUCUGUCGCUUGAAAAACUUACACAUCUCGUUAUUGAUGAGGCCGACUUGGUUCUAUCAUAUGGAUAUGACGAGGAUAUCAACACCCUUUCCAAGGCUAUCCCUCGUGGUGUGCAGACUUUCCUGAUGAGUGCUACGCUUACUUCUGAGGUGGACACUCUCAAGGGCUUGUUCUGCCGUAGCCCUGUCAUCUUGAAGUUGGAGGAUAAGGAAGAAAAGGGCGCCGGUGUCAGCCAGUUCGUUGUUAAGUGUGCCGAAGACGAGAAGUUCCUUCUCACGUAUGUCAUCUUCAAGCUGCAGCUGGUCAAAGGAAAGGUUAUCAUUUUUGUCCAUGAUGUGGACCGAUGCUACCGCGUUAAGCUUUUCCUUGAACAGUUCGGCAUCAAGAGCUGUGUACUCAACUCAGAACUCCCCAUCAACUCUCGACUACACGUCGUCGAGGAGUUCAACAAGGGUGUCUACGAUAUUAUCAUCGCGGCAGACGAUCAGGAAGUCAUGGGAGCGGCUAAGCAAAGCAAGAAGUCUCUGGAACCUGUCGAUACUAAAGAGGCAGAGGAGAAGGAGGAGAAGGAGGAGAAGGAGGAAAUUGGCAGCAGCGAGGACGAAAACGAAGAGUCAACCAGCAAAAAGUCUCGACCAGAGAAACGCCGCAAGAUGACCGGUAAAGAGAAGGAUUACAGUGUUUCCCGCGGUAUUGACUUCCAGAACGUCGCUUGCGUUCUGAACUUCGACCUCCCCACCACAUCCAAGUCAUACACCCACCGUAUUGGUCGUACCGGCCGCGCUGGUAAAGCUGGCAUGGCACUUUCUUUUGUCGUCCCAGCCGAUCAAUUCGGAAAGCAUAGGCCAACUUCAGUGAGCAGCUCUAAGAAUGACGAGACUGUUCUCACCAAGAUCACCAAGCGCCAAGCUAAACUGGGACAUGAGGUUCGACCCUACCAUUUCGAGAUGCAACAGGUUGACGCCUUUCGCUAUCGUAUGACUGAUGCCCUGCGCGCUGUCACCCGUCUAGCCGUGCAAGAAGCUCGUGGACGCGAGAUUCGACAGGAGCUUAUCAAGAGUGAGAAGCUGAAGCGCCAUUUCGAGGAGAACCCAGAUGAAUUGCGCCAGCUGCGACACGAUGGUGAACUGCGGGCUGCACGUGUGCAAGCACACUUGAAGCAUGUGCCUGAGUAUCUGAUGCCGGCUAAGGGACGCAAGGGAAUCUCAAAGGAAAACAUCGGAUAUGUUGGAUUUAAGAAGACGAGUGAGAACCGCAUUCGCAAGGCUAGGGAUCGGAAUCGCGGCAAGGGCAAAGGCAAGAAGCCCUCUGGUGGAAAGGUUGACCCUUUGAAGACGUUCAACAGGGGCCGGAAAUAA